UAUAACAAAUUUCCAAGAUGUCGACGUCUGCGAUAUAUAUUUUAGACGUGAAGGGGAAGGUUUUGAUUUCACGAAAUUAUCGUGGAGACAUAGAAACGGGUGUUAUAGAAAAGUUCAUGCCUCUCGUAAUGGAACGCGAGGAGGAGGGCAAUCUUACUCCGAUCAUACAAACCACAGAAUGCACAUAUGCAUAUAUAAAGUACAAUAAUUUGUAUAUCGUAUCCACUACAAAGAAGAAUGCAAACAUUUCCUUAGUAUUUGUAUUCUUGCAUAAACUGGUGCAAGUGAUGCAAGAAUAUUUCAAGGAAUUGGAAGAAGAAAGCAUACGAGAUAAUUUUGUAGUCAUUUACGAGCUUCUAGAUGAAUUAAUAGAUUUUGGGUAUCCGCAAACUACCGAUAGUAAGAUAUUACAAGAGUACAUUACGCAGGAAGGACAUAAACUUGAAAUUCAACCGCGCAUUCCCAUGGCUGUGACUAAUGCUGUAUCCUGGAGAUCAGAAGGUAUAAAAUACCGUAAAAAUGAAGUGUUUCUAGACGUGAUAGAGUCUGUGAAUCUUCUUGCAAAUGCUAAUGGAAAUGUUUUAAGUUCUGAAAUUGUGGGUGCAAUAAAGAUGAGAGUUUAUUUGUCUGGAAUGCCAGAAUUAAGACUCGGUCUUAACGACAAAGUAUUAUUCGAAUCUACAGGCCGUGGGAAGUCCAAAUCUGUGGAAUUGGAAGAUGUGAAAUUCCAUCAGUGUGUCAGAUUGUCUAGAUUCGAGAACGACAGAACAAUUUCAUUCAUUCCUCCCGAUGGAGAGUUUGAAUUAAUGUCUUACAGACUGAAUACACACGUAAAACCUCUGAUAUGGAUCGAAUCUGUCAUUGAGAGGCAUGCCCACAGCAGGGUAGAAUACAUGGUAAAAGCGAGAUCGCAAUUUAAGAGACGUUCUACGGCCAACAAUGUAGAAAUAGUAAUCCCAGUACCCAACGAUGCA